CGCGUGACCACGUGUGUGGGGAAGGAGCCGGGGACGCGAAAACAACCAACGGAAACGUAGUCGAUGCGUCCCGAAGCCUUAAGCCUCGAUAAACCAUCACCUUUCUCCGCAACGCGCUGUCGCUGGCCCUGUCAGCCUUAAUAUCUAGCGUGAAGCUCGCCUUCACACGCAGCUCCCACAAGUCAUCAGCUGCAUCCCUCGCAGAGUACAAGCGACCGCCACGCAUCGAAUAUGAACAAAAGCAUUCCGCUCAACAGCAUCGACAACAAUGCUCGGCCAUACGGAAUCUUCAUGACGUAUCUUCUCACCUGUUUGGGGGUGGCAGUUUUCAUCAUCACAAAGCUGUUCGAGAAAACAGAGAGGUUGUACACCUCUGCGCCUUCACGGCUGCCGCAAAAGAGACAUGUGGUGAUCUUUGCAACGCUGGCUACAUGCAGUCUCUUCAGCACAUGGGGCUUUAUGUUCCAGUACUUCCAAUGGUCUUACAACAAUUGGCUUACAGUGCGGUCGCAGCACGAUCUCGACCCAACUGUUAAGCAUUGGGGUCUGUGGUUGAAGGAAACCUCGUUGUUCAGAGAAGCAUGGGAGAGUGUCAUUGUGGGUCACAACAGGUACUGGUGGUCGCAUCAAAUCUUCUAUUGGGCAUGUGCCCUCGGGCUUCAUUUGGAAUGGAAAGGAGUCCGCCGGGGAAUUACAUACACGUGGGCAUUCAUGCUUCUAGGGCAGAUCGUGGCUAUCAGCUUCGCUACAAACUUGUACUUCCUGACACUGCUUCUAAGCCCGCCACAGCAACAGCCUAUAACGCCUAACCCGAAAGAAUUCACUAACCCGAAAGAAUCCAGAUCGGAAGCACCCGAAUUAGCACCCGUAUCAAAACCCCGCAAAUGGCUCGGUCCAUGGCUCAUCGAUGGUUUGUCUGUAACCAAUACCUAUGCAGCAGCAAACUGCCUCUCCAGAGAGAACUACUGGAAUGGCUCACCUGGAUUCAUGCCUCUACUCCUUGUCCCGCAUGUCGUACUGCUUAUCCUACCUAUGGCCCGCGCUAUCUUACCAGCCAAGUUCUUCCCCAUAGGAGAUCCAAAAACCGUCAACAAGAUUUACAAGUUUUUGUGGACGUCAAAUUUCACCUUCGUGGGCCAACUGGUUUGGACGACAUAUAAAGCCUAUCUGGCUGGCAACCUCGGAGGCAUUCGCGAUGCAUUGCUUGAACAUCCUGCGGUCGGCAGUGUUGGAUUCGACGUCAUCUUUUGCUGGAUCAGUUGGAUUUGCUGGUGGCAGAUACAGAGCGACAAAUCGUCGUACGUCAUGUCUGAUCUUUGAGAGGGCCCAUCAAUUGAGGACUAUCGAGUGUUAGAUCCGAUGGCAAGAUCUUUGUUGUGGCAGGCGCGAGCUAAAAGCCUUUCUUCCGAACCUUCUUUGUGUCAAACGUAUGCAACGCGGAUAUCUGAAGGUCGAGUUCAAUCUAAUGCUACACGUUACAUCGCCAAGUGACCGCGUUGAAUGCAGCUUGAGGUGGCC